UUCAGGGCCAUCUACUUUCUCAACGUAGGCAUCAGGGAGGAAGGAGAGAAAAAAAAAAAAAGGCGCUGCAAAAAAUGUGCAUUAUCGCACCCCAAGAAAGAAAUUGGUUAAAUUUUUGCCCCCCCCAAGUCCCCAAAUCUGGCUGCAGCCCCUUCCACACAACGGAGCUGAGUAAGGCAAAGCAGAGACAAGGAUGGGAGCAGCUUCCAGGUGACGGAUGAGAUGGCAAAGCCUGGAAAUGAGACAACCUGGGGGAGAUAAAACAUAUUUAAAGCCAACCGUGGGCGAGGAAAUUUGCUUUUCCCGCCCCGGAAGGUCGUACUGGGAGCCGAGUGCGGGAACACCCAGGGGCGGUUCGAGGGAAGGCGGCUUCGCCCCGUGCCACCACCAACCUCCAGCACCGAUGUCUUCUUGCUGGGAGGGAAUUACGGCCGCAGCAGCAGCGCAAAACCUCUGUGCCGAGACCAGCCACGACGUUGCCACCGUCAUCUCCCGGUACUGAAGAGGUGAAAACCCCUCGGGGCCAAGCGGUGCCAGCAGAGAUGGAUGAGCAGCCACAGGUUGUGGCCACGAAGCUUUUUGGGGGACCCGCCGAGACCUGCGAGGAGAAAAUCCAGUCUCACCUGCGAUCCCUAAGGAAGGUGUUGGCAGAGUUUCUGGACUGGAGAACGAGCGAAGAGAAGCGACACUGGGACUACCUGGAGACAAGCAAAGCCGAGUGGCAUCGCAUCGGGGCCGAGUUCGAGCGGCUGCACCGGUUCUUGGCAGAGAAGGAGCGCGUAGUGCUGGGGCAGCUGGCAGAGCUGGACGCUGCCUUCGAAGCAGCCCAAGCAGAAAAAUCUUUGUGGGUGGCCGAGGGGAUUACACGGCUCCACAGGCUCAUCGGGCAGCUGGAGGUCAAGCGCACACCCCAGGAUAUCAGGAGCAUCCUAAGCAGCUGGAGUGACAUGAGGCUUCACCUCCCCUCCGAGCUCCCCGCUGAGCUGGAGAAGAGCCUGAGCUCCUGCCGCCGCCAACGGGACGCUCUCUGGGAGGCCCUGAAGGAAUUCAGAGACACAGGGCAACCUGAAACAAAGCCAGGAAGGGGGAGAUGUGCCAGCGCAGAAGAAAAGGGUGAGGCACAUCUUGUGUGUUUUGUCCCUUUUUUCCUUCCCCUACAGCAGCCUCAGCCCCCCCCACUGACCCUCUUGCCUUUCCCUGCAGCAAAGCCACCUUGGGAGCCUGGUGCAGUUCCUCUCCCACAGUUUUUGGCAGACAAAGAGCGUGCGGUGGGAUCCGCCGCCUCCUCUGCUGCUGCUGCUGCUGCCGCCGCCGCCUUCGCCUUUCCCCGCGGUCUCCUCGUUUUCAAGCGCUGCGCGGUGACUUUAACAGCGCGCCUCGGCCCCUUCGUCUUCCCGGCGGGGCGCCUACGGGCUCCACCAACCGCCCUCCCGCGCCGCCCGGUUCCCUCCACUCGCUCCUUACCGACGCGGCCGAGGCGGAACGAACCGGUGAAGCCGCUGCCCGUCACCCGCCCGAACGAAGCGCCUUUACGGGCCGUGCACGAGCAAACGGCGGCGAGAAUGAGAUCCGACAGCGACGGCCACCCGCGCUUCUGCGGCAGCGACAUCCCCGCCCUCGACGUGGACGGCUGCGGCUCUCCUCCUUGCUCACCCGACAUGGCCGGGCGCGCCGCCUUCGAGGCUCGGCGCCGACGGCUUCGAGCGUUCACAAGAAACAACCUCGUCGUUUCAGCCAUGGCUGCGGGACACGCCGUGGAAAAUCUUCAGGAGGAAAUCACCUGUGCCAUCUGUUUGGAUUUCUUCCGUGAUCCCGUCAUGCUCCUGGGUUGUGGCCACAAUUUUUGCCGCUGUUGCCUCGAUUGUUGCUCCGCAGAUGCCUCUGGGGCCGGUUCCUGCCCCCAAUGCCGUUUACCUUUCCCCCGUGAUGGCUUCCGUCCCAACCGGCAACUGGCCAACGUGGUGGCGGCCGUCCAGGAGCUGGCACUGCCGGCGGCAGAGGAGCUUUGCCGGCGGCACUGCCAGCCCUUCACCCUUUUUUGUCGCCGGAAUGGGAUCCUCCUCUGUGCUGCCUGCACCGAGAAUCGUGCCCACCGUGCCGUGCCCCUUGAAGAGGCCGCUCGCGAGUACAGGGAGCGGUUCGAAGCUUCCCUAAAGGCCCUGCAAGAGGAGUACGAGCGACGUGCCAGGCUGGCAGCAGCAGCGGAGGAAAUGAGACAGGAGAUGCUGACCCGAGUUGAUGCCGAGAAGCAGAAGUUCCUGGAGGUGCUGGAAGGGCUUCGGCGGGUGCUGGGCGAGCAGGAAUCGCGGUUCUUGAUCCGUCUUGGUCGCCUACGCCGAGGGCUGGAGGAGCAGCGUCGCAGUGAGACCACUGAGCUGGCCCGGCUCCGGCAAUGCUGCACCGAGCUCCAGACCAAGUGCCGACAAACGGACAGUGACCUGCUACGGGAUGCCCAAAUCACCUUGAGCAGGUGCACGGAGUGGAGGGCGCAGCCAUCGCUGCCACCAAUGCCAGAGCUGGAAGCGGAGUUUGAGGAUUUUGCCCUGAAAACCAACAUGCUGGCAGAGGCGGUGACACAGUUUAAAGACAUCUUGGGGUGCUCGCUGGAGGAAGACUUGGGGGGAUACCGGAGAGCAACCGUGACGCUGGACCCAGCCACAGCUCACCCCCAAAUCCUAGUGUCAGCAGAUGGCCGGACCGCAGGACGCCGGGAAUCGCCCCCGGCUCCUCUUCCCUCUGGAGCCGAGCGUUUUGAGUCUCUCCGCUGCGUUUUGGGUCAGCAGGGCUUCACAGGGGGUCGGCACCGCUGGGCUGUGGAGGUUCGUCCCGGUCCCGACUGGGCGCUGGGGGUGGCUCGGGAAUUUGUGUCCCGUAAGGGCUGCUUCGGUCUCAGCCCUGAACGAGGCGUUUGGGCUGUGGGGCAGUGGUUGGGGCAGCUACGGGCUCUCACCUGGCCCAGCCCCACAUCUCUGCCCCACAGCCGCGUGCCCCGACGUAUCGAGGUGGCUUUGGAUUACGCUGGUGGGCGGGUGGCUUUCCGUGAUGCUGACAGCGAGACUGAAAUCUUCGCCUUUCCCCCGGCUGCUUUUGCUGGCGAACGGCUCCGGCCGCUGCUCUGGCUGGGUGAGGGGCCGGCUCUGCUCACCCUCUGCCUGUGAACCUCUCAAAACCAGACCCUUCCACCACCCCAACAAACCCUCCUGCUCAAUAAACAGCCCCAACCCACCCCCUCACCCCAUUUGCUUUUCCUUUUAACACUUAAUUUAGCAAAAUUAAUCACAUUUUGCCCUCCUGCUCCUUGCCAGGUUUGCACGGACUCAAAAUUCCCCUGAAAUACCACUUUUUUGCAGCUCUGCUGGGCUGUUCUCCAGUGAAAAUAAGCCUCAAAGGAGGGAAAAAAGACAAGGGAAUAUCUUGCUUCCCACCACAGCUGCACAGCACUUACCCCAACUCCCUUUCCCAAAGUAAAACCCACCCUGAAUACACAUUUUUUACCCAUUUAAUUAUUAUUAUAUUUUCAAGGGCAGGGGGAGGAAAUUAAAGAAAGAUAAGGGAAUUACACAUGGACCCAGAGCAGAGGAGGAUUUUGCAUGCUGGGCAGAAGGGCCACACUCAAGGGAUAUUUUUUUGCCAAUUUAAUGCUUUUUGUUGGGUUUCCACCCCACCAUCACACUGUGUUUCCCCAUGAGAAAGUAACCUCAAUAGGAGGACGGAGAGAUUUUUGUUUCCCCGGUUGUUUGCCAAUGUAAACAAGACCCAGAAAUACAGGGAGAACCUCCCUAAAAAAUAUGAGAGCUAAAUUUGAGGGGAAAAAAAAAAAAAAGAGCUUUGCUGCUGGUGGUGGAUGCCUCGUAGGAAGGUUUUGCAAGCAGAGAAGUCUCUGCUUAAGAUUUGCAGAGAAAUUCAGGGAAAAGGGAUAAAACCAUUCCUAGUGCCUCCCCAGAUCACUCAGGCUGGGGCCUCCCUGUGGUUUUGCAAUUGCUGCCAGGAUGCGAGCAGAGAGAGAGGCCACAGAUGGGAUUUUAUCCCCCAUUUCACCACCUACGAGUGAAUAGAAGGGGAAAAAAUAAACAAACCAGCACCUUGAGAUAGCAGGAAGUUGUUAUUAGGGUUAAACCACAUAAUAAAGCACUGUUAUCAGGCAGCACAGGCAGGUCUCUGCCUCUUACAGCCCCAAUCACUCCGCCUCCGCUGCCAGACUCGCCUCCCUGUCCGCAGAGACUCAUGACAUCGGCCCAAGGAAGAGGAGAAACCACCAGGAAAGGCAGCACAGAAGGUGGCUGCUUUCAUCCCCAGGGCCCUAAUUUUAAAUAAGGCUCCUGACAAACCCGCAGAUCACUGCUAAACCCAAAUUACAGCCUGGCUCAGCUGUGUAAUUAGUCACUUCCCUGCUUGGUUCACAGCAAGGUAGGUUGUAGGUGAUGUCACCCUCAAAAAAGGAGAGCUCGUUACAGCGCAAGGUCCAGCGAUGCUUCGUGUCACAAGUGAAAAACCAAAGUGCUUCUUUGCAGUAUCCUGCUCCAACAGAUGAGCUCUUGACACUCUGUUUCUUCUGCUUUUCCUCUGAAAAGCUUUACAGAGGUUUAAUUUGAAAGUCCACACAAAAAAAUAAAGCAUAAACAACAAAAAAACCAUUGCCUCCUCUGGGUAGAUCAGCAGGCCCAGAGCUCGCUCUUCAGCACUGGGGGAGAAAAAUCAGCCUCUUUUCACUUGAAGGCACCUCACCAGCCUCACGUCAGCGGUUUGGACGGCAGACCGCUUGGCGUGGAGUGCGCACAACCCCCAUUCCUCCAGCAAAGCCAGCAGAUGCGCCUCGCAGCCCUCUUGCAGAGCCGCCAUGGCAGCUCUGUGAACCCCAAAACCCUUCUGGAUGAUAGAGAAACCUCGCACCAGCCCACAAAAAGAGGCUGCGGGAAGCAGCUUCAGGUUUUUUUUCUGCGAGAGACGAAGCUUUUUCCAUAGUGCUGGAGCCCGGGGGGAACGCGGGCGUGUUUUGGGGUGCGGUGGGGCUGGAGAAGAAGAUUUUUGGGGAGGUUUUUUAACACCCACCGCUUGCUUCGCCCGCGCCAUCCCGCCGCACUGUUCCCGCCAUCUCCCGCGCCCCGCCUUCUAUAAAGCCCAGCGCGCUCUGACUGGCUGCUCGU